AUGGCUCGUAAAAAUAGUAUCAUACAAUUAAAAAGUAACUUAGGGUUACUUUUACUGAUUCUGAUUGGAUACUUAUUUAUUCUUAGAGGGAGGACCUUUGGAAAAGCUUAUUUAUUGGAAGUUACUGUUUGAGAGAGUAAUUGUCUCUCAUUUAGCUUCAGAGUUCUACUAGAUAGCGUAAGAAUAGUCUUUGUUGGGACGGUUUUGGUAAUUAGAGGAAGUGUAGCAACCUACUGCAAGUGGUAUAUAGCUGGAGAGCCAUACUACAAGCGGUUUAUGGGAUUAGUAUGGUUGUUUGUGCUGUCUAUAGUGUUUAUAAUCUUAGUUCCUAAUUUAGUAAUACUUUUAAUUGGUUGAGACGGGCUAGGGCUCACCUCAUUCCUAUUAGUGGCUUAUUACCAGAACAAUAAGAGGUUAUCUGCGGCUAUGUUGACAGCUUUGACUAAUCGAAUUGGGGAUGUUUUUGUACUUUUUAGAGUUUCUAUUUUUUUAAGAGAAGGGGGGUGGUUAAUUUAUAUAUACCACCCAGUGCAGACAUGGGUUAAUUUAGGGUUUGUGGUAGUUCUUGCAGGUAUAACUAAAAGCGCACAAAUGCCGUUUUGCGCAUGGCUACCUGCUGCCAUGGCGGCACCCACACCGGUCUCCUCUUUGGUGCAUUCUUCGACAUUGGUGACAGCUGGGGUUUAUUUGAUUCUUCGCUCUUUUUAUAUUAUCAGAGCUAAUCCCUUUGUGACUCAAAUACUUAUAGUCUUAAGACUAUUUACUCUAAUAUUAGCGGGGUCAAGGGCUGUGUUUGCGUUUGACCUAAAAAAGGUAAUCGCACUCUCGACUUUGAGGCAGUUAAGGUUAAUAAUAUUCUCGAUUUCAAUCCUUCUUCCGUCUGUAGCUUUUUUUCAUUUAGUAACCCAUGCGGUAUUUAAAGCUUUGUUGUUUCUAGGCGCAGGGGGUGUUAUUCAUAGAAACCAAAGAAUCCAAGAUAUCCGGGGGUUAAGAAGCUUGUGGCAAGGAUUACCGGUAAGAAUGGGUGCAAUAACGGUUGCAAUUGUGUCCUUGAGAGGGGCCCCGUUUAUAAGAGGGUUUUUCUCUAAAGACCUAAUAAUUGAGCUAAGAAUGAUAGACAGAAGAAUAACUUAUGGGUGCUAUUUAUUAGAGCUAACAGGUUUAAUCUUCACUUCUUUUUAUAGGGCACGGAUUGUAUUUAGAGUAAUACUUGGGUCUAAUUACGUUAAUAGCAGAAGUUUGCGGAUUAAUGAGCACUUAAAUAUACAAACUCCUUUUCUUAGCCUGUAUAUUGGGGCUAUUAUCUUAGGAGGGGUAUUAGGGAGGAAAAUAGAGAGGUUUGGGUUUGUAGUAGUUCUUGAGAAAUAUGAGAGAGUCAGAGUAUUUCUUAUUCCCUUUGUAGGGUUAAUUUUGUGAUGAGGAGUGCUUAGAAAAUUAGGGUCUAAGCCUUGGUCGUCAGCCAAACUAUUAAGAUUCUUUUUGAGAAUGUGGCUCAUAGAGAGGCUAACCUCCCACCCCAGAAAAAUGGCCUUCUUUAAGGGGUCCAGGAUGGUAGCUCAAAGUCUGGAUCAAGGUUGACUAGAGCUAUUGGGCCCUCAAGGUGCCCAUAAGGGACUAGGUCAACUCAGCUGUUUGAAUGAAAUUGUUCAGAAAAAUUAUUUUACCUACCAGCUGGUAGUAUGAGGGCUGGUGGUAGCGGGGGGCGUAAGCUUAAUUAUGUUUAUAUAAUGAGAGUUAUAGUCAUAUGUGUAAUUUUGAUGGCUGUGUGUUUCGAUUGUCUUAAUUGCCAAGCAACCUAUUUCUUUAGGGCUAGUGCUAUUGAGGGGGUCUAUAAUUGCAUGUGUGGAGGUUGCACUGGAGGUUAGAAGGUUGUUAGGGUUCUUAUUGUUCCUAACUUACGUUAGGGGUGUAAUAGUCCUGUUCUUGUAUGUUUUAAGGAUCUACCCCAAUGAAGUGUAUCGUUUUAAUCUAGAGUUUAUGGUUCUCGUCAGAAGGUGUUGUGCCAGAGCGGUCCUUAUGGGUCUUAUGAAUUACGAGUACAGAGAAAUUAGCGGGUCUUUGUUUCUAAGUUUCAUGGCUGAAAGAAGCGGGUUAAGGUUAUAUAUCCUAAUAGCUGGUGUGUUACUGUUUGUAAUAUU